GGGAGUAAUUUUAACUCCACCGUAGGAGUUGAAAUAACUCCCGUUUGAGGAGUAGAAAUAAUGGAGUAUAUUUCACUCGAAAACCAGAGUUAAAUCUACUCCACUUCAGUUCAUAUUUAAACGUUUACUCCACUAGGAGUAAAUAUUACUCCACUGUAGGAAUAAAAUAUACUCCAGUAAAGGAGUACAAAUAUUGGAAUACUUUUUACUCCUUUAUUUUUACUCCAGGAGUAAAUUUAACUCCAGUUUUGCUACUCUGGGAGUUAAUUCAACUCUCAUAAAGGAGUAAAAUGUACUCUUGAAAAGGGAUACACAUAUUAGAGUAAUUAUUGUAUAAUUUACUCCUAUAUUUUCACUCCAAAAAAGGAGUAAAUCUACGAGAGUAAAUAAUUUAUUUUUGGGAGUCAAAACAACUCUAGUCAAAAUAUCUCGAAAAGAUACAACCUGUUUGUAUGUUCUGGGACAACCAUCGAGACCACAAACCACAUGGAAACUUGGGUCAUUUGAAUGGCUUCUACGUAGGUGAUCUAGGAGUUCCGUUAAAGACACAGUGAGGUAACCAACACACAUGCUACAACGAUAAACCAUUUUUCAUUGGUCGGAUAAAAAUAAAACUACAUUAUUGGUUUUGUAAAGGACAUUUUUACACUUUUGCAAUAUAUUUUUAUAAAAAAUAUACCAUGUUUCUUCAUAAACUUCAUAAACAGUGUUUCCACGCAAAUUUUCCUUCUAUAUUCUCAAACUUCUGCAUUUUCCUUGCUACGUCAUCAUUGCAAGAUAUUGGUCAUCCAAUCAUGUGCUUCUUUGACGAUCACGUGACAAUGCUAAUAAGAAUAGCGCGCGUCGGUUUCAAAAUUCUUUUCUCCCUCGUGCUCGCGAAAGAUCCUAAGUCUUGAAAUUAUCAUUUUAAAAUACUGUAUUUAUACUGUGUAAAGCAUAUUUCAGAGACCAGAUACAGAGAAUGGACUCAUUUUUAGAGGUACUGCAAAGAUUAUUUUAUUUAAAUGGGGAAGGAUUGGUGGCAAGAGAAUAAAAAAGAUGCCAAGCCACUCGACCGCGCGUCUACGAUCUUGAAUUUAUGCAUGAAUUUCUUAAUAGUUUUCUUAAUUCAACGACAUUUUAUUCGUUUUAGGAGACAUCAAUGGGCCUAGAAUUGUCGGAGUUUUUGUUGAGUGCCGGAGUCAGCCAACAGGUACUGGACAAACUAACAGAAGACGAGCUCAAUACAGUUGAGUUGCUUGAAGGAGUUAGUGAUGUCUUGCUGAAAGAAUUGGGUAUCAAAGGAGGGCAGAUUGUGAAAUUAAGGAUUGCUAUCCAAAAAUAUAAAAAUCAGGUUGAUCCUGGAAGCUGCUAUGAUGCAGAGAACUAAGGAGGCUAAGAAAAGAGUGGCAAUAAACAAAUUUCUUCAGCAACUGGAAUGACAUUUACACAUGAAUAAGCCAUUGUAUAUAGAUUCCUUGUUUGGAUUUUUGGUGACUAUCUUAACCAUUGAGGAUAAAAGACAUCUGUGGUUUCAUUUCAAUAAAAUUCAUAUCAAUAGUAAUUAAGAAUCUGGAUUCAUUUUCACUGUGUUAACUAUGUUCCAAAUUGAAUGAUGUCUUUGCUUUGCUAUUGAAUGGGAAGAAAAAGUUUUCCAAUGGCGGAUCCUGUAGAUGAAAUUGGACAAGCCGUUCAUGGCGUUGCCCGUGAGGCAUUCCAUGCUACAAUUUCUGGCGGUACAUAUAAGAUAACUAUCGACGCCGAUAGAGCUGUUGUUAAAGACAUAUUACUCGCAGCGUCCGCAGUGACAGUCUCACUAGGAGCAAUAUAUGCAGGUUAUAAAUUAAUUGCACAAAAAAUGGACGGGGCUGUUGAUAAGGGCCUUGGCGGUAAAAGAGAUGACCAAAAUGUUCGGGACAUCAAACCGAAGUGUCUACACGUCAUCCUGCAUUGUUUUACGGACAAAAGAUUUCUGGAGGUUUUAGAAGAUUUUAAAUCCGGAGGAAUGAAAGAACGCUUGAGGAGGGAAUUUUUUAAUAUUGGAAUUGAAACAGAGGGAUUGACGGUUGAAAUUGAGAAUAUGGAAGAAGUAGAAAAAAGAGCAGCGGAUAUAAAAAAGAGUAACAUUGGAAAGGAUGAUGGAAGUCAUGGACAACGAGACAAUGCAAGUGACUUGAAUUUUGAAAAAUUAGAAUGUUCCAGUGAUCCACUAAGAGAAUAUGAUGAAAAAAGUGGGAUUUUCAAUUUAAAGAUCAAUUUGAUGGAUCCAAUAAAAAGCAAAGCUAAUUAUUCCCGGGUCUGUCAACUGUUGGUAGAUAAAGGAGGAGAUGCUUUGAGACUUGCUCUACAUUCGGUGCAUCCACCUUCCACCUUGUCCUCCGCAUUGAAUGCAAACAAGAAGACCCUGCAGAGAAUGCGAUACAAUAUAAUUAAAGCCCCGCAAUGGGAUCUACUCUUCCCAAUAUCUGGUACACCAGAUUCAAACAACUUCGAUAUCACCUUACUGACUGUCCUACUUCGAAAUAUUUGUGGAUUGUCUCCACCAGCCACUGGGUGGAAUGUUAUGCCUCCAGUUAGUGAUACAUCUAUAUCAGCAAACAUUUUGAGAGUCAAAAUGUUCAGGAAUGAAGUGUAUGGUCAUAUUUCAACCGCAAGUUUGGACGACACAACGUUUGAACCGUUGGUCAACUUGGGAAUUCCUCAAACUGAUAUUGAUGAGUUGAAAGUGGCUCCUCUCAGCCCUGAAGAAAAAAGUUAUAUUGACAGAUUAAAAGAAUGGAAACAACAAGACGAUGACUUGAAAUCAGAAUUAAGUGAUGUUAAAACAGAAUUAGGUGAUGUUAAAACAGAAGUAGGUGAUGUUAAAAGUGAAGUAGUCAAGCUAAGAAAAACUGUAGAUGAGAAUGUUCAUCACUCGACUCUUGAAUGCAAACAACGAGACGAUGACUUGAAAUCAGAAUUAAGUGAUGUUAAAACAGAAUUAGGUGAUGUUAAAACAGAAGUAGGUGAUGUAAAAAGUGAAGUAGUCAAGCUAAGAAAAACAGAAGAUGAGAAUGCUCAUCACUCAACUGUCGAGAAACUUGCUAAAUUUGACUUUACUGGAAAGAUUGAUGACCUUUGUAAAAAAUUUCAUGAAAGCACUAGAAAAUAAACUCUCAAGUUGGUUUGUGAGUAAAGAAACCAGGGUUAUGAUCCUAACUGCAGGUCCAGGCGCUGGAAAAAGUGUUUUGUGUGGAAAGAUCUCUGAGCUGUAUAGAGAACGUGGCCAACUUGCAGCUCACCAUUUCUGCGACUUUCGAAAUUCUGAUUACAGCAAUCCUCACAGAAUCCUCCAGUCCCUUGCCAGCCAAAUGUGUGAUAAUGUUGAUGGAUUCCGUGAUAAACUAACCGAAAUCCUUCGUCGUGAACAUUCUCGGGACUCGUUGUCAGACGCAUUUCGUGUUCUUUUACACGAUCCACUACACUCUCUUCGCAGAAAUGAUCCAAUGUUGAUCAUUGUUGAUGCCUUGGACGAGAGCAAAACUGAUAUGAAGAGUGAAUUUUUAGAGUUGAUAUCUGAGAAAUUUUGUGAACUGCCUGAUUGGAUUAAGAUAUUCAUUUCGAGCAGACCGGAGCUACAAGUACGGAAGGUUCUUCAACAUUUACAGCCGUUUGAAAUCAGUCCUGAUGAUGAAGAUCACGAUCAAGAUAUUGAGCUUUUCAUUCGUGGUGACUUACCUAAUCUUGAUGAUGAUAGCAUAUGGUCAGUUGUUUCGAAGUGUGAGGGGUCGUUUUUGUACGCUUAUCACUUAGUUCAUGAAUUAAGAGAAAAGGGCUUGGGAAUUGAACCCGACUUAAGUGAUUUCAUCCCCAAUGGUAUUGCCGGAUAUUACGAAAAACAGUUCAAACGUUUGAAAAGCCGCCUCCAACGUUUAAAGCAAGAUACCUUUUCUUCUAUCUUAAAAAGUUUUAUCAAUGUUAUUGCCGCCGCAUUCGUGCCUCUCCCACUGAAAAUUCUUUUUACAUGCAUGGGUCUGCCCUGGAAAGAAUUUGAAAUACGCACGGCGAUUAUUGACAUUAUGUCAGAAAUUCUUCCAGUUUAUGAUGGUUGCCUGACUCUUUAUCAUAAGUCAUUAUGGGAUUGGAUGACGUUGAAUGGGUUUGAGGAACAUGCGUUUGUUGCAGAUGUUAAAGACGGAGAUAGACGUCUUUGGCGUGCUUGUGAGAAGCAAUUCUGUGAGAUAGAAUCUUUGAAGUGUAUUUUAGAAUUUCAAAUUUCACCCGAGAAUAAAUACGCUUUAGAAAAUGGUGUGAAAUAUUUGAUGAAAACAGGUAAAGUGGAGGAAUUCCGCUGGUUGGUGCAUGUUCGGGUAAACUAUUUAAGACUAAAAUUUUGCGAUGGCACCACCGAUAUUGAUUUGAACCUAAUCCUUGACACGUAUGGUAGUGAUCUUUCCAAAGAUAUUUAUUACGCCAUAAUUCAACUGCAUUGUUUCUUAAAAAAGUUAAGAAUAGUUAAUACCAUGGUAGAAAGCCCUCCAGCAUAUUGUGACGAUUAUUUGAAAGAUCUUGCAAACGGAUACUUUGAUUUUUCACAAAAUAAUUUCUGUCCUAAAAAUGUUGCUAGAAAUAUCUUGGAUACAAUAAAUGAGAUUUGGAUAGAACGUGUGACAAACGAAGAGAAUAAUAAUUUAAAUCAUGUCUCCUGUGCCUUGUUAGUUGAUUCAGUUACCAGUUCUCUGUCACCGGACAAUACGAUGUUUGCCCUCUUUAAUACUUCAACAUGGACAGUGCAAGUGCUUAAAAUACCAAGCCUCGCGACUCUUUUCAAAAUACAAGUAGAUGAGACACACCGUGAUAUAUAUGACUUCAUUGCCUUUUCUCCUGAUUCCUCCUAUUUGUUAUGCAAUUCAAUUCGGUCAUGCGUCCUUGUUAAAGAACAAAAGGAAGUACCCUUCAUUGCACACGGCCCCAAAGACAUUUGGAGUUGUUCGUUUUCUUCAUGUGGAACUAAACUUGCUACACUUGGGCGGGCAUUCAUCCAAGUGUGGGAUGUAAUGCGGAAAACCCUAUUAGCAGAAGUUGACAAUGACUGUUGGAGAGUUGGGACUUAUUGUUUGUUUAGUUUGUGUGGCUCCUACAUUCUCCUUUUGAAUGAGUAUCACGCCUCAUCAAUGUGUGAGAAUGUCUUGGGCUCUGAGAAUUUGGAAGAAGUGUAUAUUGAAAAGAAUUCUUUUGCGCCGUGUUUGUCAAGUAAAGAUUCGAUUCAGAUUUGUUCACCAAAUAGAUUGGUUUUUGGCAAACCAUCCGGUAGGAUUAGCUUUCAUCAUGUUUGUCUGCCAUCUGGUGGGGUGGUCCUCCUUUCUAGUAAAAAAUGUUCAAAAACCUUUUUAUGGAAGGGAAAAAAGUGUGUAGCGUUUAGCGAUUACUCCUCCGAAGGUGUUGUAACUCUGAUAAUAUACGAUUUUGUAAACCAAAAGAUGGUUGACGUUUUUCAGAUUGAUUGUUUGCCUGUUGGGUGUGAUUUCGAUAUUUCAAAACUAGAAGGGACGAAAUUCUUUCUAAGUUUGUAUCCAAACUUAGUAUUCAUUAUAUCUCUGGAAUCUCCUGAUGCUUCUUUUGUCGAUUACAGCGAAAUAGAUUACUGUGCAUUAUCUCCGGAAAACUUGUAUGUAGCGUGUUGUUUUGAAAAUUGCAUUCUUUCAAUAAGAAGUAUCGACGGUGGGGAAACAUUGCAAACUGUUGCACUGAAACAACGAGCAGUGGCGUGUUGGUGGUCUGAGUCGUAUCUUUGGUUGGUCUGUGAAGGCGUGGUUGUUAAAUAUCCUUAUGAACCUUUGAAUUCAAAUAUCUUAGGAAAUCAAACUGAAGAAUCUAUUUUAAAUUUUAGUCGUGUUGUUAAGUUUACAAAAGGUGUUCUUGUAAUUAGCACUAAUGGAAGAAUUUCUAUUUUGAAAAUUUGUGGUGAAAAUCUCAGUCUUCAAGAAAUACCUUCUUGGAAUUUUGAAAAGUUUGAAAAGUUCACUUCUGUCGCAAUAAGUUAUGAUGGGUGUGCUGUUAUGUUACAUUGCAGUUGCAGGAAAAUUUAUGAAUUGUGGGAAAUAGAAUGUGGCAACAGAUGGCUUGUACGUUCAACGGGAGAGUUGAAUGAAUCAGUUGAAUGGUUCUGUUUAACUGGUACUAAUAUGACUCGUAGUUUAGUAUUAGUGUCAUCCGACAAUCUAUUAAUUACCUGUGAGAAUUUUGUUUUAAGUUCUAUUGCGUUUCCAAGAACUGGUAUAAGAAUUGCGCAUACUCUUCCUAUUGGAUCUUUUCGGAAGGCUUUUUACAUGGAUGCCGAAAUUGUAGGUCUUUUCAGUAGUGGUAUGAUGCAUUUUGUUAAUGUGUCCGAAGGCAGAAUCAUAUCCUCUGCAUUUGCACCUUUUGGUUCUCCCAAUGAAUAUUUUCAUUUUUUCCUCCCAUCGACUUGUUCCUUUCUAUACGUCGGGAUAAAUUGUAACAAACAUUUUAAAAUUCAUAAUAUUGAAAAGUAUUUAGCGCUUCCUUUGCGUAAUGAUCCUGGAAAAUGCGACUUUUUGUCUUAGAUGAGGAAAGAUCACGAAUCAUUAAUUAAUGCUUAAAAAUAUUAAUUGAUAGAAAAUGUUAAGGUAGAUAAGUAUUGCCAAUUAAACUUACAGAUAAUACCCCACAACUUAAUUUGAAUAAACGACGUAAUAUUAGGGACAAACCAUAAGAUGUGUCAAAUGUUUGAACUGUGCCGAUUUUGUUAAAAGAAAUAAAAAAAUCCAUUUUUGACUAAAUCUUGUAUCGUCUUUAUAGCAUAAGAGUCGAUUGAUUCAAAUAUUUGCUACGAAGAUACUUGUGGUAAGCGUGCAAAUAUACAGCUAAUUCAAGAAACGGUUUCCAUACACAUACAUGUGACGUCGCCAGCUCGUUAGGUCGGCUGGGGGAUACUCGUGUAUUUAUGUUCUACAUAUAGUCCUAACACAAAUCGAUUGUUCUAGCGGUCAGUGAACAUACAUGGAUAUAUAAAUGUGCUCCUUAAUAAUGCUGGUACGUCACUGGUCAUACAAAAAUCAAAACGGAAAUUAACCAAAACAAUUUCUUUCCGAUUGUUUCAUGGAAAAUUAUAUGUGCACGCGUAAAUAAGUCUGCGUAUGCACAACAUACCUGGACCAUGAAUAUUUGCAUACCUAUAACGAAAUAUUCUGAUGUUUAAAGUUUUAACUUCCUGGGCACUUCUUUUUCUUCCUGAGUUGGCUGUUUACCGCGAUCUCUUGCAUAUAUAAUUUGGUUUACUCUGAGAAAUGUCGUAAAAAUUGAAAUGAUCGUUAUCUGAGCAAAUACUUUUCUUAGCAUUGGAUAAUUAAGGGCAAUAUAUUCAUCAAUUAAAAACCUUAAUUUUAGGUCAUCUGAUGUCAUUACUAUAGUUAAUCUCACGCGUAAGACCCAAUUACACUAUACGGUUUCGCUAAUGAAUACAGACAAAUAUUCUAGCUGCUAAAAGGCUGUGAGUAUUUAUGUCUGAUCUAAAAAAAUCUACUAAAUCUAUCAAACCAAUGAGCUUCUACUACCAACCAUUUCUUGUUAACGGAAACGAAAUUCUCGUGACCAGCUAAUCCUGUGUCGUGUAAUGUGGGCCUUAGUCACAGAUAAAAUUACUGUUACUUGUAUAUCUAAGAUUAUUUCAAGAUAAUUGGAAAUUUGAUU